CAGUUCUCGAGCAGCGGGGUCCGGUGGUGUGUUGUAUCGUUACAAUUCUUCCAGAAAUACUUUCUCGUCUGCUUUUGGGACGAAAUGCACAGAACUUUCAUGCACCGUAACAAGCAUAACUUGGAGUGUAGUUAAAAGAGAACGCGGAAGUGGUAGCUUGCAGCUCGGCGCGUAUUCGGGGUUUGACCUGAAAAAGCAAAACACGCUCCGAAUUCGGCGUAAGUGGUGUGUGGUGUGGCGACUUGAUGAUUUCAACGGAAAUACAUUGCCCAUUAGUGUACCCCCACCACCGUCUCACGCAUCUGUGCCGCUCCCAACAAAGUAACGCCACCUUGGCGGUAGUCCCCGACGUGUGGCGACGUGUGGUUGUGGCCAAAGUAUUGUCCGCUUGGCGGUGGUGGCCAUUUGCGCGCUGGCAGAUGCGUUAGCAUGCAAAUUUGCCCUUCAUCAUCGCAGGGAAGGUGGAGAAAACGCACAUAACAACAACAGCCCGACAUAACCGAGUCAGGUAUCGCAAGCAGCGAGAGAAAAGUGUAGUGAAAACAAACCAAGAAACCGUCGUAUUUCGUUGGUUGGUAGGCAGCUAGCAGCUUCGAGAUGAUAAGUACGGUCACGGUGGAGGCCCACUUUUCCACCAACUACGUCGAGAACUAUCUCGACUCGGUGGAAAACCUUCCGGACGACGUGCAGCGAUAUCUGUCGCGGAUCCGCGAGAUCGAUGUCCUUUACCGGAACCACCUACGGGACGCGAAUCUCUACUACGAACAAUGGCUUCUGAACCAGCCUCAGAAUGGUACGGCAGCGGCGGCGGCAGCAGCAGCGGUAGAAGGCGGACCGUCCGGAGAUGCCAACUCGACAACAUCGUCCUCAGGUACUGGAUCAUCGUCCGCGCCGUCGGAGCAGAUCGCGAAGCGUGCGAUGUCGCGGAUACAGACAAGCCUGAUUGCAGCCCAGGAGCUGGGCGAUGAGAAGCUGCAAAUCGUGCAGCUUCUGCACGACCUGAUCGACCACAAAACUCGUCAGCUAGAUCAGGACUUUGAGAACCUGGGUAGUGAAUUCUUCGCCCGGUGUGACUUCUCCCGCGACGACCGAACACUGGACGGGGGCAAAGAUGGCAACGGUAUGAGUCUGGGGGGAGGGGUCGGGGUAGCGAAUAUCAACAGCAGCAACAACGGCCCCGGGCAGUACGGUGUGGCGGGUAACGGACCGGGCCCGAACGGUGCGAUCGGAAAUCAUGGUGGCAACGGUGGUGGCAAUGGGACUGGUAUCGGAAACACCUCGUCCCAUCUGCUGCACUUGGCCAACGGUACGAUGGGAGGCGGAAGCGGAACAAACCAUCACGGCGGAAGUGGUGGUACGGGUGCGAGCGGCAUGUACGGCGUAAGCGCGGGAGGUAACAACGGUGGUGGCGGUUCGGCGUUGACCAACGAGCGGAGCUCCAAGCGAGCGAGAAGGACACGCAACGAGCCAAACAGCAGCGGGUCGGCAAACGGUUCUAAUACGCCCAAUUCCGUGUGCGGCGUUAGUGCGAUGGAUAUUGAUCCGAUUGAGAUUGGCGGAAUCGGUGUCGGUCCGGGCAGUGGUGGCCUCGGUAAUGGCGGUAACGGCGCUAGCGGUGGUGUUAGUGUCGGCGGUAGCGGUGGCAACGGGUCCAACGGUGGGGCCAAUGCGAUCAGUGGCGGCAACGGAGGAGCCGGAGGAGUUAUAGGAGGAUCGGUUGUUACUGGGGGGUUGAAGCUGGAUGUAGCAUCAGGCGUCAUUACCGGAGGGGGUAGCGGUGGAAACGGCAGUAGCGUGGGUGGUGUCGGUGGUGCUGGUGGAUCAGGAAGUGGCCAUAGUAGCUUAAGCGGAGCCGGACCCAGUCAAGGACAGGGUUCGACGAUGGGAAGUGGCGGUGCAAAGAGUGGCAACGGUGGAAACGGCAACAAUAAUAACACCAACAGCGGUGGCCCCGGAGUUGGUGGCAGCAAUGGUGGCGGUGGAGCUGGUAGCGGUAGUGGCACUGGAGGAGGCGCGGGUAGUAGUGGCCAAUCGAAUAGCGCGAAUCAAACCGGCAGCAAAAAGGGCACGGGCAGCAAUAACACUGGCAGCAGCAGUGGAACUGGUGGGGCGAAUUCGGGCAAGAAGAAGAAACGAAAGACCGGAGGCCGGGGAGGCAAUCGGGAGGCACGCGAGGACACUCCGGCGGCGGAAGAAACGAUCGAUCCGGAUGAACCUACGUACUGUCUGUGCGAUCAGAUUUCCUUCGGCGAAAUGAUCCUCUGUGAUAACGAUCUCUGCCCGAUCGAGUGGUUCCACUUUAGCUGUGUGUCGCUUAUCUCGAAACCCAAGGGCCGCUGGUUCUGUCCGAAUUGUCGCGGCGACCGGCCGAACGUGAUGAAACCGAAGGCACAAUUCCUAAAGGAGCUCGAGCGUUAUAACAAGGAAAAGGAGGAAAAGACGUAGACCAUCGUCCUUCCCUUCGUAACCGGCACGGCAUCAUCAUUCUUUCGGACGUCUGUGCUACAGGCCACACACCAACAACC